AUGGAAGCACAGUCAAAGCCGCCAAGGAGAAGGAGUCUCAUGUUGGGCAAUUUCGUGCACAGCGAGACACGCGAACAGCUCGGCUUCCUUCUCGACGCCGCUAUCGCCGUCGACGAGCGAGGCAAGAUUGUCGACAUGGACAACGGCUCAGACGAUGUCAAAACUGCCAAGAAGCAGCUGCUGUGCCGCCUGGGCUGGGACGAGCACGACCUGGACGUGUAUGCGUGCAGACGAGGCCAGUUCUUCUUCCCCGGCUUCGUAGACACGCACGUCCACGCCGCCCAAUAUCCAAUCGUGGGCGUGUUUGGCGAGACAAGCCUCCUCGACUGGCUGGACAAACAUGUCUUUCCCUGCGAGCAGAGAUUCGCAGACGACAAGGUCGCGCGGCAAGUCUACACGGCGUGCGUGCGGAGGACUCUGGCCCACGGCACGACGACGGCGGCCUACUACGCCACCACUCACGUUGCCGCGACCAAGUCACUGGCCGACAUCUGCCUCGGUCUGGGCCAGCGGGCGUUCAUCGGCCGGGUGUGCAUGGACAGGGACCUGGGCCCUGCGGCGCUCCGGGAUCCGUCGACGCGGGAGUCGCUCGAGAGAAGCGACGAGGUGACGCGGUACAUCAACGGCCGGGAUGCGCAGGACCGUCUUGUCAGGCCCAUCCUCACGCCUCGCUUCGCCCUCAGCUGCACGCGCAAGGUCAUGUCUGGGCUCGACGAGAGGCACAGGGAGCACGAGCUGCCGAUACAGACGCACAUGUCGGAGAGUCCGCGCGAGGUGGAGGACGUGGCCCGGCUGUAUCCCGAGGCGGGAUCGUACGCCAAGGUCUACGACGAGCACGGCCUGCUGACGGCCAGCACGAUUCUCGGACACUGCAUUCACUUGAGCGAGGGCGAGGCUCGGCUCGUCGGGGAGCGGCGGGCCAAGGUGUCCCACUGCCCCUGCAGCAACUCUGCUCUCGGGAGCGGCGAGGCGCGCCCCUUCGAUCCUGGAGGCGGCCAGGCAGGCGGUCCUCGUCAGCAGACACCUGGCGAUGAAGGCCCCGGACGAGGAGGCGCGCAGACGGGUCAACCUCUCGGUCGCGCAGGCCUUGUAUCUGGCCACGAGAGGUAUCUGGCCACGAGAGGCGGCGCCAAGGUGGUCGGGCUGGAGCACACCGUCGGCGGCUUCCAGGUAGGCAUGGACUGGGACGCACAGCUCGUGGGCCUGCAUGUCGUGGGGGGCGGCGGCGAAGGCGAGCACAAGGACAGCGGAAACGUCGACUUGUUCGAGUGGGACUUGUGCAACUGGAAGACUAUCGUGGCCAAGUGGGUGUACAACGGGGAUGACCGCAACACCAAGAUGGUCUGGGUCAAGGGCCGACGCGUCCACAAGAGAUGA